AACUCUGCGGCGGGGCGGUGAGCGGAAGAGAACACUCAUGGCUGGGGAGGUGUACCUGCUUUGGUUACUGCCGUUAUUACAAACACUGGCGUCUUAUGGAGCGGAGCUCUCCUCUGAGGCCUGCCGGGAGAUGGGCUUCUCCAGCAAUCUCCUGUGCAGCUCCUGUGAUCUCCUGGGUCAGUUCAGCUUGGGCCAGUUAGACCUUCCCUGCAGGCAGUGCUGCCAAGAGGAGGCUCAGCUGGAGUCUAGGAAGCUCUAUCCUGGAGCCAUCCUCGAGGUCUGUGGAUGAAAACUGGGGAGGUUCCCUCAAGUCCAAGCUUUCGUCAGGAGUGACAAGCCAAAGAUGUUCAGGGGUCUUCAGAUCAAGUAUGUGAGAGGCUCAGAUCCUGUACUAAAGCUGCUGGACGAUAACGGGAACAUUGCUGAGGAGCUCAGCAUCCUCAAGUGGAACACAGACAGCGUCGAAGAAUUUCUUAGUGAGAAGUUAGAACAAAUUUAGUCUCACAGUUUCAUAUUUAAAGCCAGAUUUUCACUAUUUGCUCUUUUUGUAUAAAUCUCAAACUGAAUCAAAGGACCACAAUUAAUUUUUGUGCUCAAUAAUGGACAUUAAAACACAAAUUGUUCUUUUUUUUUUUGGUCUUUGAAAGUAAACGCAUCAGUAUCUGGUUUGAGUUUAAGUGAUCAGGACAUUUUUAGUUGAUUUUUCUGCUGCAUAUUGUUGAAUCGUUGAUGUGCUGUGGCCUUUUAUACAUCUUGUGUCUGAGUGAAGCCUGUUGAAUGUGCUGGUUUGGUAAAGCUUGUGGCGACUCCUCGGAAGCACAUGUUUAUGUGGAUUUGCACGUUAGUGAAGGCCUGACAGUAAACCAGUCCCUGGCAUGUGAGGCCUGAAGACCCUGUGUAACUCUCUGAGCAUGUUGUUAUGGUGGGAACCUUCGAGCUCUACCCCAGUAUGAGAAGGUGGAAUCUCUUAAUUUAAAUGUUUGUUUAAAAUAUUGAAUUUAAACUCAAUUUCAUUAGCACACAGACAAAUAAACCUGUUUUUCAUA